AUGAAAACAUUGAUUUUUUUGGGAAUUUAUGUUUACUGCGUGGUUGCACAAGGAGGAAAUAGACGCAUUCCAAAUUCGGGACAAAAUCCGGAAGGUAAUGCACGGAUUAUUAGUGGAGCUUCCGAAGUGAAUCUUGAUGGAACUUAUCAAUGGAGUUUCCAGUCCGACAACGGUAUAUCGGCUCAAGAAGUGGGACAAAUAAAAAAUGCCAACUCCCAAGAUCCCGCCGAAGAAGCUCAGGGAAAUUUCCAGUACACAGCUCCUGAUGGUUCACCUAUCCAAUUAUCAUAUGUUGCAAACGAGAAUGGGUUCCAGCCGAGGGGUGAUCAUCUUCCCGUCCCACCGCCGAUACCAAUAGAAAUUCAAAAAGCUCUAGAAUGGAACGCAGCGCAUCCCGAAGAGGAUGAUGAUGGCAGCGGAAAGCCCAGAAGACUUCGAUAA